GGACACUGUUCAGCCGGAAGUCCGUGCUGACGCGCGGCCGUGAGCUUGACGCGGAGCCGCGGCUCGCCCACCAGCCUCCUGCCUGCUAGCUGCCGUCAGCUAGCCCAAACAGUCGUGCUGUCGCGUUAGGAGGACCAUCUCUUGGAUUUGUGGGGGGGAUCAGGAAGCGUCAGCGCUCUGAUGCCGGACAAGAUGAGAGCCCAGAUAUGAAAAUCUUCUCUGAGAUGACACGACAUGCAAGCACACAGAGGCUUUUGACUUUUGAGUGAGGCACUUCCUCAUUGUGGAUUUUCCCCGCUCAAGAAAUGUGCUUUCACAUUGAAAAAAUUUAACAGUGCUUUUCACACUCCUUGUGAGAUGGCGCGAAGGCACUUGUUGUAAGUAAUGAGAGGAGCGGCGAGCGGAGGGAGAGCCGAGGGAAAAGGGAAUGCCGACUUGCCGGCCGUAGCUUGCAUGUGAGCGUCAUGCCCAGGCGAGGGUUGCCGCUGCAGGGCCGGGUCCGCUGGCUGUUCCUGGGCCUCUUCCUGCUGCUGGUGCUGCUGCUGUUCGCCUACCUGCUGGAGUGCACGCCGCCGACCGACGUCAGCCUGGUCCUGCCGGGCCUGGCGGGCGAGCCCUACGGGAAGGAGUACUACCAGGCCCUGCUGCAGGAACAGGAGGAGCGCCACCUCAACCGCGCCGCCAGCCUCAAGCGCCAGAUCGCCCAGCUCAAGCAGGAGCUGCAGGAGAUGAGCGAGAAGCUGAAGCUGCUGCAGGACAAGAAGGAGCUGCCCGGGGUGCAGGGCCUGGCCGAGACCAAGGACCAGGAGCCGGGAGACCUGCUGGAGUAUCUGCACUCCCAGAUCGACAAGGCUGAGGUCAGCACGGGGGCGCGCCUGCCCAGCGAGUACGCCCUGGUCCCCUUCGAGAGUUUCACCUCCUCCAAGGUGUACCAGCUGGAGAUGGGGCUGACGCGGCACCCGGAGGAGAAGCCCGUCCGCAAAGACCGCCGGGACGAGCUGGUGGAGGUCAUCGAGGCCGCGCUGGACAUCAUCAACAACCCCGACGAGGAGGACGGCGUGGAGGACGACAUGCCCAUGCAGAGGCAAACCUACACAGAGAGCCACUUUACUGAGGGACUGUACAGGACGGAGCGGGACAAGGGCACGCUUUACGAGCUCUUCUUUGCCAAAGAGGAUUCCAGCAGCUUCCGUCACGUCACGCUCUUCCGUCCGUUCGGUCCCUUAAUGAAAGUCAGAAGCACAUCUGUGGAAACGUCAGCAGUGAUCAUUAACAUCAUCGUGCCGCUGGCGGGCCGGGUAGACACGUUCUCGCAGUUCUUACAAAACUUCAGGGAGGUGUGCAUACAGCAGGACAGACGAGUGCAUCUGACUGUGGUUUACUUUGGGCAGGAGGGCUUACAGGAUGUGAAGUCCUCUUUGGAAAAAAUGUCCAGGGAGGAGAGCUUCUCCAAUUACACUCUGAUCCCAGUGGACGAGGAGUUUUCCAGAGGUCGGGGUCUGGACAUCGGAGCUCACGCCUGGAAGAAAGGAGACGUCUUGAUGUUUUUUUGUGACGUGGACAUCCACUUCACUCUGGAGUUCCUCAACACCUGCCGCCUGCACUCUGCCCCCAACAAGAAAGUCUUCUACCCAGUCGUGUUUAGUCUGUACAAUCCUGCCAUAGUUUAUGGAAAUUUGGAGCUGGCUCCACCCAUUGAACUCCAGCUGAUUCACAAGAAGGACGCUGGAUUCUGGAGAGAUUUUGGCUUUGGAAUGACAUGUCAAUAUCGCUCAGAUUUCCUAAAUAUUGGGGGUUUCGAUCUUGAAGUGAAAGGCUGGGGCGUGGAGGACGUCCACUUGUACAGAAAGUAUCUGAGGAGCGACCUGAUCGUGAUCCGGACGCCGGUGUCGGGCCUCUUCCACCUGUGGCACGAGAAGCAGUGUGCGGACGAGCUGACGCCGGAGCAGUACCGCAUGUGCAUCCAGUCCAAAGCCAUGAACGAGGCUUCCCACUCCCACCUGGGCAUGCUGGUCUUCCGCGAGGAGAUCGAGGCUCACCUUCGCAAGCAGGCCUUCAAAACCCAGAGCAAAUCAGAGGACUGAGCGGCGGCUCAACACACACACAUCAUCAUUCCAGACUGUGAUGUCCAGGUGACUCUGUUACUGCACUAUAGCAUCCUGUUCCAUGUCACCGCUCAGCUGUAGACAGGGAUGAAUGUAUGAAAACAAACACCAACGACUUCGAUCAAUGUGAAACUUCAAAGCGUGUUACAGAACUUUUUCUACAGCGGAAGUCGUUCAAGUCGUGGGACGCCUCCACAACUUAUCAGGACAAAAUGAUCAAUGUAAACCGUGACAAUGUAUCUCUUGGAUUUAGGCUGACAUUGUAUUGUAAGUAUUGAAAUCAAUUCAAUAAGCAUGCAGUAAGUAUCCUUGGAAACAUAAAUUCCUCAUCUUUCAGUUCAGCCAAUCUUCCUGCAUCAAACGCAGCUCGCAGCGGAUUCCUUUGCUCUGUUUUUUUUUUCUUUUUUUUUUCCUCCACCCACUCGCCGAGACGACAGACUCUCGCAGCUUAGUGUGACCUCGAGGAAUGUCAGCCAAUAGGCUCCAACUGUGAGACGAACCCUGGAUCCCAAGGUAUCAAAACAAGGUGAAAUACAACCAGCUGUCAUCACGUUCAGCAGUGCCGGAGGACUGUCUUUCCUCAAGAAGCAAUAACAUUUACUAUUGCAAAAUUGUAACAGGCAUUACAGGUAUUUGUUUACCAUCGACUGCAAGAGAAACAGGGGCUGGUGGUUUAUCAAAUGGAAACCACACUGCGUUGAGAAUUGUAAUUAUAUUGAUUUGACGUCACAAGAAACCAAAAUCCAAAAGCCCUGCUGUUAUCCACAAGUCAGUCUUAUUAUCUGAGACCAAACAAAUUUAUGAGCAUUAUCUUUUUUUUUUUUUUCCCCGCUUGAUUCCAGUACAUGACCAGUUUUCUAUGGAGCCAUAUUGUUUGAUUUGUGUUGUAUUUAUGUUGGUUCAGAUCGGUGACAUGGUUUAAAAAUAAAAAAAAAAAAAGGGACCUUUUAAUGUUAGCACAGUGUGUGUAGAAAGGGACAAUCAGUCUGUGUUUGCGUGGGAGACGGUCGCUCCAAAAAACGUCAUCAGUUUAGCAGAGAAGCAUGUCGACUAUAUUGUUUAGAGGUAGGGGCAAAGAUCUGCUUUAAGCAUGCAAAGCUUCGACAUUAUUACUGUCUGUAAACAGAUUUAUCAUUUAUGCCCAACGAGAAGUCGCUCCCAGCACAACGAUCCUCUUACUAGACGUGAGUGAAUGUGGUCACUCAUGUUAAUACUUUUCUAAUAUAGAUUUUUUUUUUUUAGUUUAAUACUUAUGUGCCUACAUGCUCAAACUGAUAUGAAGUGUUGAGAUUACAGUGGUUGUUGAAACAGUUUGAGGCUGUGUCCGCAGCUGUAGAUGUGUUAAUUUUAUUCCGUUUCUUGAUGAGAAAGGGUGUCACACUUUGAAAGGGUACAUCGCCGCAGAGUUCCUGUGUUACAUAUGAGAAGUAAAAUGUUAUGAGUGCAGCUGUCAAAAAAACCUUAAAUAGCAGGCAAAGUGCUUUAUUUUUUUCCUCAAAAGGAAAGCAGGUAAAGCUAACUGUACUGUUCCUGUACUGUUUUCUUAAUCAGUUGAUUUUUCUUGCAACUGUUGUCGCUUGUUGUAGAUAGUCUCAGUCAGUCUCUCCUCACUGAGGGAGAAAUCUCACGUCUUCCCGUCAUGAUCCUCCAAACAACACAUCACUUCAGAGAAAUGACUUGUGUAAGGAAAUGAUUUAUUUUUGACAUUUCGGCCAUGAAAUAAAAGUUACAGGAGGUUGCAUUCAA